UUAUGUAUUUAUAUCUCGUCUUUCAAAGGGAGAGGAGGCCAGUCCGCCUUGCGUUUUGCUCGUUUGAGAAUGGAAAAGCGUCACAACUAUGUAAGGAAAGUAGCAGAAACUGCUGUGCAGCUGUUCAUUUCUGGCGACAAGGUGAACGUGGCUGGUCUCGUAUUAGCUGGAUCAGCUGAUUUCAAAACUGAAUUAAGUCAAUCAGAUAUGUUUGAUCAGAGGUUGCAAUCCAAAGUACUAAAGCUAGUUGACAUCUCAUAUGGUGGUGAAAAUGGAUUCAAUCAAGCAAUCGAAUUGUCCACUGAGGUCCUGUCUAAUGUGAAAUUCAUUCAAGAAAAGAAGCUAAUAGGCCGAUACUUUGAUGAAAUCAGUCAGGACACAGGAAAAUACUGUUUUGGUGUUGAAGACACUCUAAAAGCCUUAGAAAUGGGAGCAGUAGAAAUCCUGAUAGUUUAUGAGAACCUGGAUAUAAUGAGAUAUGUACUUCAUUGCCAAGGCACAGAAGAAGAGAAGAUUCUCUAUUUGACACCAGAACAAGAAAAAGAUAAAUCCCACUUCACAGAUAAAGAGACUGGACAGGAGCAUGAACUCAUAGAAAGCAUGCCUCUGCUUGAGUGGUUUGCAAACAACUACAAGAAAUUUGGAGCCACGUUGGAAAUUGUGACAGACAAGUCACAGGAAGGAUCCCAGUUUGUGAAAGGAUUUGGAGGGAUUGGAGGUAUCUUGCGGUACCGAGUGGACUUCCAGGGAAUGGAAUACCAAGGAGGAGAUGAUGAAUUUUUUGACCUUGAUGACUACUAGGUAGUCGGCCUGGGUCUGGCAAAUGUGCCUCACCCCUCCAGCAUCCAACCCAAGGAGAAAACUCAUGAUGGAAAACAAAACAGAUCCCUGCCUUAGAAUUGGAGUAUUUCCAGAACUUUAUCCAGAACAUCGGGUUUCAAAAAAAGAAAGAGAAAGAAAGCAAACCCUACUGAUUUGUCAUAGUGUCAGUACAGCAGCACUCUACUAGGUUUCUAUAAUGCCAUUUGGACUAAUUAAAAAAAUCCCAGUUUUUACUUUUACUUAAUGGUGAAAUUGGUUGCUCUUGUAUUUUAUGAAAAUGAUUUUUUUAACCUUCAGCUACAUUAACUGCUCUCAACCUUCAUUUGAAACAAAAUAAUUAUACUGGUUUGUUUCUUACUUUGAUAGGAGGAAAUUUAUUGCUGCUUUUUGCAGUGAUACGACCCAUUUACAUGGCGUUCUUGGCUUAGAUUGCAGAAGAACCAUCUUAGGGAGACCUUGUUCCUAUUGUUCCCAGUCUACAGUGGUGGAAGUAAAAGGAAUUAAACUCUCUGCUGUGCCAGCUUUGAAAGGUGUGACUUUAAAAUUGGGAAGUCCACCUGUUUCAUUCUUAGACUGCAAAAACACUGUUUGUAUAAAUCAGGAAGUGUGUUUCAUUAAAGAAAAUUGAAGUGCCAGGGUCUCAGCAGGCUUAACCGGGAUUAUGAGUUGUGUGGCCUUCACUCUUCCCUUUUGUCAGUCAAUAAACAGUUUCCACAAGCAAGCUAAUACUGCUUACGCUUGGUUCUGUACUUUACUAGGUUUUUUUUUUUAUGUUUUGCUUUGGGACUGCAUAAGCUGCCUUGGUGAAUCAACAGCAAACAUUCACAAACUGCUUCAAAAUGCAAUUAUCUAGCAAAAUGUGACCGACAUAAGCCUUGGAACUGGUGGCUAUGGAGCUUCUGUAGAAAUAAGUAACUUUUUUUUUAGAAGUUAGGCACCAAAGAUUCACAUUCAACACUAUGGCAGUUAGCUCACUUUCCUGCAUUCCCCUAGGACUGGCUGAUUUUCUAAAGGUACUCUGAUAUUUUUGCCUAGCUCCGUUCUCAUUUUCCUUAUCAUUCUUAUGUUGGUCAAAAACUCCCAACCUGCGAACAUUGUAUAUCGUUCCAAAUCCUGCCUCACUUGAAUUGAAGGGAGAGUUGUCUUAACUAAGCCUUCUCAUCACAGUAUAUACUUAAAAGAGGUCCAAAAUGACUUUCUGUCAAUGUGAGCAAUAGAAUUUGUAUCUUUUUAUAACUUGGCAAGCAGGCAAUGCAUGUGUUUGCCUACAGGAAGUUUUCACAUUGGGUGGAAUCUCUUAGGGAAGCUCUUUAUGAUUAUGAAUAUUCAGACUGAUUUGCAGAAAUUGUGAUCACAAGCAUCCUUAAGCUCUUCAAAGCAACAUACUUUGAUUUUGCCAUUGUAAAUGGGUCUGCUAUGACAUGACAAGAGCAGAAAAAUUGGGUGUAAAUUUAGAGUUUUGAAUAUACUGCUUGUUUCACAUUUAGGGUAUGCAGCUCCUUUUUUUGGUAGUUUUAUUUUUACUAUUUAAGUUUGGAAAUGAUGCCAAAAUUUUGUAUCUCUUUAAUCAAUGUGUGAUCUCUGGUGGUAUAUAUUGCAUUAUAUAUUGAUGUAUAUAUCAAUAUAUACUGAUAUGUAUUACACUUACACAAACACAUUAAAAGGGUGAGAAUCCUAGCCUUUUGCAUACUACGUAGCCUCUUCAGAGAGCUCCCAAGCAGUGAUAUCUUGGUGUUGUGAUGUACAGAAAUGGAGAAGAGUAUUAAACCAUAUUUAAGAAUA